AUGGAAUAUAGUAAUGAGGAAGGUUUUGAAAGAUUUUCUGCAUUGAGCAAGCUGGAGGUGCUUUGCUUGGAUGAUAAUAAUUUCAAUCAUAGCAUUCUGCAAUCCUUAAGUAGUAUUGUGUCGCUCAAGGAACUAGAUUUGAGUGGCAACAAUUUGAAUGGGUCAAUCCAUAUCAAAGAAUUUAAAGCAUUUAGCAACUUGGAGGAUCUCUACUUGAGUGACAAUAAGAUCAAUGACUUCGUGACAACAAGAGAUUCAAACAUCUUAACUAAGCUGCAACUCCUAGACUUGAGUGGGAAUGAUUUCAGUGCACGAGUUCUUGAGUCAUUAACUGCCUUCCCACUGUUGAAGACAUUAGAUCUCUCAGAUAACAAUUUGGAGGGAUCGUUUACUACUAAAGUGAGGCAUUGUGGACUGAAUGGCACCCUACCAGACCGAGGUAAAAUCCCACUGGAACUCGGUAGAACGAGCAGCAACAUUCGUGCAUUGAACUUGUCACACAACAAUCUAUCCGGACCAAUCCCAGUAACAUUCUCAAAUCUAAAGCAAAUAGAAAGUCUUGAUCUUUCCUGCAAUAAUUUGAAUGGCAAAAUUCCACCUCAGUUGACCGAAAUGACCUCUCUAGCAGUCUUCAUUGUGGCUCACAACAACUUAUCAGGAACAAUACCUGACAGAAAAAAUCAAUUCAUUACUUUUGAUGAAAACAGUUAUGAGGGGAACCCUCUCCUGUGUGGGCCUCCAUUACAUAAUAGUUGCACCAAAAUGAGACCACCGUCUACAAUAUCAGUGGAUUUUGAGGGGGAAGGUGGUAGUUUCAUGGACAUGAGUGUCUUCUACAUAAGCUUUGUGGUGGCUUACAUAACUGUCCUGCUGGGAAUUGUUGUAGUUCUCUACAUAAAUCCAUACUGGCAUAGGGCGUGGUUUAACCUCAUUGAAGUGUGCAUUGACACUUGCUACUGCUUUUUUGUGGUUCAUUACCAUAAGUUGUUCAAUUUCAGCCUUGCAUAGCCUUGU